UUGAAAACAGGCGUUGCUGGUGGAAUAUUACAGCCAAGUGCUGGCACAAGUGUUGGUGGAGCAGGAGUUCCAGCACCAUCUGGUGUUGGCACCCCAGGCCAACCUCAAACUGGUGUCGGGGUCAAAGCACCAAAACCAUUCGUGCCAGGUCCAGUGGCAGGUGGAUACCCCUAUGGAUAUGGAAUACCUUACCAAGGAGCUGGCACUGGAACUGGACCAGGAGCUGGAACCCUUCCUGGGGCAAAGCCUCUGAAACCUCCAGUAGCAGGAGGUGGAGCAGGAAUCCCACUUUCAGCAGGAGGUUACCAAGGGGGAUACAAUCCAUAUCAACAAGGUUAUGGACAGGUUGGACCGGGAGCAGCCGGUGGUGGAGCUAAAGCACCCAAACCAGGUUACGGCAAUCUUGGGACUGGCGGUGUGUAUCAGCAAGGUGUGCCUCCUGGUUACAGAGGAUACCCUCAGCAGUUCUACCCAGGUGCAUAUGGCCCAGCCGGACUGACUCCUCAACAAGCCAAAGCUGCAAAGUAUGGUCCACUGCAGGGCUUCCUUGGUGGUGCAGGAGGAGGUGGAGGAGGAGGAGAUGUCUAUAGAGGCGGCGUUGCAGGAUGCCAGGGCAAAUACUGUGGGAGGAGGAAGUAGAAGAUCUCUUGAGAUCCAGUGACCUCAAGAAACCAUGGUGCUACUGCAUGAUCGAGAAUGUACAUUUCAUAUGCAAACAUGCCCCAUUAGACAACCUGUAAAGAUGUUGUUUUCUACUUACUUGACUUCAUGUCUUUUUUAAGCAAACCCACCGACCCAGAAUUUUGUACACGUUCUGAUGUGACUUAUAGUGCCUUUAAUCAUUAAUGUGUUCAAGUUAAUCAGUUUUAACUCUAUACAGCACCAGCCUACUCGAUAUAUGCUGUAUGUUUGUUUUCCCAUGUGUUGCAUCACAUGUGUGUUGUUCAGUCACAGGGUUUUAUUGUUCUGCUAAAGAUGUCUGAACUCUGAGUCAUCAACGCACCGUACGUGUGAUUUCUCUUUUUGGCCUUGCGUCUGGAGCUCUCAGCCUCUCUGAUGCGUCUCUGGGAGGGCAGGCCGGUUCAAAGCACAGUCAAAAUGUGAUCAAAUCUGGCCAAUCUUUACACCGCCUUUGGCUCCCAGCUUUCUCUGCGGCUAUUUUUAGGCCUGCUGGGUAUAAAGCAGCGGGAGCUGGGGGAGCGGCCAACCCAUCUGCUCUCUGAAACUUUGCUGAUUCUAGUUGCUGAGCAGAGCAGUUGUCUCAGCAUUUCUAACUCUGGUCUUUGUGGCGGAGCAAGACUGAGACAAUCAAAAAGUGGAACGAGAUGGCUUUCAUUUUCAAGCACGUCAAAUAUGAUUGGGUUACAACUAUGGCGUGUGCAUUAUGCAUGGUUGGUUGAAUGUCAGCGUCUUCAUGUGGCGGAAAGUCAGAGCACUUCAGUCUUCUUCCAGACUUUACUCUCAUUUAUAUUAAUGUAACUUGUCAUUAUGUGAUUAUUCAGCAUUUUUGCUAUUUGCUUUCAACCAUAGUUUUAUUAUUAUCAGGAAGGUGUAAACAUAAAACCCGAGCAGCCUUUGUUUUUGCAUUUCAUUUCUGUUAUUAACUGUAGUACAGAAUAAUGCUUCGUUUAAUGGGAGAGCCUGUGCGUUUGUGUGAGGCAUACAAUCCUCUUGUAUUUUUACUUGAGCUGCUUUUAUAAAGGCUUUACUGACCAAAGGUUCCUAAGCGCUGUCGCCAAGUGACCCCAUCCCUCUAACUGUGUACUGUAUUUUGUACUAAUUUGAUGUUGGUUGGCUUCAGUUCCUUCACUUGGUGCUGUAUGAGAAUUGUCUUUGAGCCUCGCUGGGUCAGACCUGGUCUUAUGUGGCGUGGGAUAGUCUUCAUCUUUAUUUAAAACUGUUUUUAGAAGGAGGAACAGUGUGGUUUUGCACUUUUUUUAUAUCCCCACGACACACAUGACCUGUUCCCAGAUACCCCAGCUUUUUCAUGUGCUUCAACAAGUAACUAAAUAAAAUGUUUUAAAAUAGCUAA